UUAGGAGUCACGUGGUAAUGAAAUAAACCAAAACACAGCUGUUGAAACAUGUCGAAAUUAGGUUAAUUUGCUUCGUUGAUUUGUUAAGUUUAUAUUUUGUGUUUUUUGAUAAUGAAUGAAUAGAAGUCAUUUUAUGUUGAACUAUUCUCAAUGUAAGCAUUAUUUUAAGUCAAUGAUCAAUCAAUUCUUAUUAUAAAGGAUGGUGCUGCGACAGUAGUAUUUAAACUGUGUUUGUGGUAUACUUGGAUUUUUUAGUGUAAAUUUCGUAUUUGGUGUAAAUUCGUAAUAAUGGUUCAAGUUUUAAGCAAAUUGGCCACUACUAAGGUAUCCUGUAUAGAAUAUGUGCACCCUUGGACAAAUAGUUGUCUUGAAGCUUCCUGUGGGGUGUAUUUAUAUUCAAUAAUGAGUUCUUUCAAAAUUUAUUUAACAGUUUAUAUGCUGGGUUUAGUUUUGGGAGGUAAAGUACCAUCACUGAAGCGACUACAAAAAACAUUUAAAUCUAUUCUUCAAUCAACUGCUUUUUUAAGUGGAACAGCUUUGGGGUAUUCACUCUUCUUAUGCUCUUUAAGGAAAAUAUUUGGAGGAUACAACAUUUUAACUGUAUCAGCUUUUCCUGCAUUCCUUUCAAGUGUGUUCGCAAUACAAAUUGAGAAACCUCACAGACGAUUGCUUCUCAGUUUGUAUGUUAGUAAUGUUGCAACUGAAACAUUGUGGAAUAUGGCCUCUGCAAGAAAUUUAGUUAAAUCAAUUAAAUAUGGGGAGGUUGCAAUUUUUAGUCUUGCAAUGUGUAUUCUACUAAUGUAUUUUAAAGGUGGUCAUCACAAAAAGUUAGAGGAUGGUGGUCAACCUGAUAGAAUUUUCAGCAUUUUAGGAUUUAUAGUGGGUCCUUAUGAAGAGAAGGAUUAUACAACGCGAUCAAGUAAUGCAAAUACGUUUAUUAGACAACAGGCUGUGCCAAAUGAUCCUACAGUGGGGGGAGGUAGUAGCUGGAGAUAUCAAAGAAAACAUCGAAAAAAUAGCAUAUAUCACCUUGUUAUCCAAGCGUUAUAUUGUUAUAAAAGAAUUGUGCAUGCAAUAAAAUGCUCUGGAAGGCAUCAUUCUUGUCCUCAUCCAUUUAGCUGUCUAUUCUAUACAGUUCAGGGAACGAGUAAAAUGUUUACUGUUGGUUUAGGAAUCCAAUUAGCGUUGAGAUUGACAAUGAAUUUAAAACAGUUAAUAAUGUCCCCGUCUUCGUUUAAAAAAGUAUUUUUUAACAAAAGAACCAUAUCUUUAGCUACUGCCUUGGGAGGAUACUGUGGACUCUUCAGGGCUGUCUGCUGUUUAAUGCGUCAUAUAACAGGAAAAGAUAGCUGCUAUCAUGCCAUACCAGCUGGAUUAAUAGGUGGUAUCGCAUUUUCUCAAUAUUCUGACACGACUAUUGCACUUUAUAUUAUGUGGAAGAUGGCACAGAUGACGUAUUCAUUAGGGGUUGAAAAGGGCAUUCUGCCAGAUGUACCUGGAUUUACAGCAUUUUUAUAUUGUCUUAGCACGGCAAUAUUAUUUCAUGCAGCUAUUUUAGAACCAACCAAUCUUAGGCCGAGUUACUGGAAAUUUUUGUAUUCUCUCUCUGGUGGAAGAAUUGCUAGUAUGAAUCGUAAACCUUUAGAUGUCUGGGGUCUUGGAACAUCAGAUUCUCUGGCUAGCGUAAUCAAAAAAUAUGGAACGAAACCUGUAGUUAAAUUUUAUAUAUGAUUGUUAUUGUUUUGAGUCUUCUUAUACUUGUAUUAUUUAAAAAGCAAAUGUGAUCGAAACGUAUUUGAAAAGCGCUGAGAAAUGGUUGGCAUACAAGACACCAUGGUAAAGGUAUAGCAUGACAAAAAAAUAUCAGUUGUUCCCAUUGUAGACUGAAUUAUUUAACUAAAUAGCUUUAUAUCACUGUAUUUAUAUAUUCGAUUAUAUAGUGCAGAGUUUUAAAAUGUAA